UUGGGUUUCCGGUGUUAACCGUCGUCGCAUUUGGCUCUGAGUGUUUUAGUUGCUCGGACCUGAAUCGCGUCAGUAAUCCGUUAAUACCCGUUUCUCGGCGGUGGAUGUCGCCCUCCCGGUGAGUGACGUCAGAAUCUGCGCUCCUCUCCGCCGAGCUCACGUGCCCUUCAGUCCUCCGCGGAGCCGCCAGACCUGCUCAGAGACUGAAUCAUGGCAGUCCAGGUGUCCGAGUCCGACCAGAUCAAACAGUUUAAGGAGUUCCUGGGGACGUACAACAAGUUGACGGAGAACUGCUUCAUGGACUGCGUCAAAGACUUCACCACCAGGGACGUGAAGCCGGAGGAGUCCAGCUGCUCCGAGUCGUGCUUACAGAAGUAUCUAAAGAUGACUCAGCGGAUCUCCAUGCGUUUCCAGGAGUACCACAUCCAGCAGAACGAGGCUCUGGCCGCUAAAGCCGGACUGCUGGGACAACCUCGCUGACCCGGUCUGGACUGAUAACACGACCCCAGCAGGCCGAGUGGAGUCGGACCGACCCUGGUCCAGCAGGUCCAGCAGGCCCAGCAUCACCAUGUUGGACGAGCGGACUCUAACCUGCAGCGGACGACGUUUUGUUUUAGCCGUUUGAAAGCGAGCCGGGAGAUUCUGUAACUGAAACAGUGGAAUUCCUUAAUGUUGAGUUUUAUGUUGCUGUGAUGAUUUUAUUAAACACCCUGAACCUGA